CAACAUUUUCUCACCGGCAUUCAUGUUCAGUCAUUCGAAUUUCUUUUCUAAUUUUGAUUCGUCCUUCUUUACUUCUUCUUUCACUUUCCCAGAUGCCAUCUUUUCUCUUAAGGCUCUUCCUUCUUCACAAUCUUCUCAACUCUUUUCUCCUCUAUUUAAUUCCAAAAAAGCUACGAUCGUUCCUCCCAACUGCCUGGUACCCUCCGCCGCGACAGCCACAACCUCAAAAGCCUCCACAAAACUUCAUUUCCUUUGAAAAAAUGGAUCAUUCAGAGGUUGAUCGCGUUUUCGAGAUGUUUGAUCGCAACGGGGACGGGAGAAUUUCGAAGGAAGAGCUGAGUGACUCGUUGCAGAAUCUGGGAAUCGUCAUUCCCGAGGCCGAGUUGGCUCAGAUGAUCGAACGGAUCGACGUGGACGGAGAUGGGUGUGUCGACAUUGAGGAGUUCGGGACGCUGUACAAGACGUUGAUGGAGGAGAGAAAGGAGGAGGAAGAAGAGGACAUGCGAGAGGCGUUCAAUGUGUUUGAUCAAAAUGGAGAUGGGUUCAUCACGUGCGACGAGUUGAAGGCGGUGUUGGCGUCGUUGGGGCUCAAACAAGGCCGCACCGCAGAGGAUUGCAAGCGGAUGAUCAUGAAGGUCGACGUGGACGGCGAUGGGAUGGUUGAUUAUAAAGAGUUUAAGCAGAUGAUGAAGAGUGGAGGAUUCAGUGCUUUGGGUUGAAAUAUUUUUUCUUUCUUUCUUUCAAGGGGUGUACAUAUUUUGGUGGAAUUUUGUGUGAUGGAGACACGUGUUCAAUGUUUCUUUUAUUGUUUUCUAAUUUCGACACGAUAUGUGAAAGUAUUUUUAUUUAA